AUGACGGUGCCCAAGGAGCUCGCCGACGUGGCCAUCGAGCGGCUCGCUGCCGAGCGGGCGACCGCGACGUUCACGACUGAGGCGUGCGUUGACCUUGUCCUUGGCUCCAAGGCGUGGCAGGCGCGCAUGGUCUACCUCCGGUCGCUUGUCGAAGCGCACCCGGUCCUCUCAGACCGCGACAUGAUGUACCGCAACCACAAGGAGCGGUAUACCUUUGCGCUGCAAAAGGCGCACGCGUACACGCGCUUCUUGCAAGAGCACAACCUUACCGACGCCACUGAGCGGACGUUUGUGUACGAGCUCCUCGGCGAGCCGCUGCCCAUCGACGUCCACCGGUCCAUGUUCAUCCCGACGCUCGAGACGCAGAUGGACGACGAGCAGCGUGCCUACUGGCUCCCGCUCGCGCGCGAGGCCAAGAUCCUCGGGGGCUAUGCACAGACGGAGCUCGGUCACGGCUCCAACGUUCAAGGCAUCGAGACGACUGCGAUCUACGAUGCGACGACCGAAGAGUUUGUCCUGCACUCACCGACGCUCACAAGCCGCAAGUGGUGGCCCGGUGGUCUCGGCAAGACGGCAACGCACAUUGUCCUCCACGCCCGAUUGACGCUCAACGGCAAGGACCGCGGUGUGCAGGCCUUCUUGGUGCCACUGCGGGACCCGACGACGCACGCCACGCUCCCGGGCCUCGAGAUUGGCGACAUUGGACCCAAGAUCGGAUUCCAGUCGGUCGACAACGGGUAA